UGAAACCAUGCGGACUGCAUCAGAAAUAUGGACUCACCUCAGCUCGGUCAUGGCCGGGCUGAUAUUCGCGUGGGCAACGCCCCAGCUCCGCAUGCACAUCGAGGGCUAUGCUCACAAGGCCGUGGGCCACGUCUAUCCAUACAUCGAGGUCACGUUCCCAGAGUUCGCGGGCGAGCGGCUGGAGCGGUCCGAGGCCUAUAUCGCGAUUCAGAACUACCUGAACGCCAGCGCCUCUGCCCGGGCCAAGCGGCUCAAGGUCGAGUCCGUCAAGGACAGCCAGUCGCUCGUCCUCAGCAUGGACGAUGACGAGGAGGUCGUCCAUGAAUUUGAAGGGGUCAAGCUUUGGUGGUCGUCGUCCCAGAUCAUCUCCCGGAACUCCACGCUUCCCUUACCUUAUAGAAGGUUUUAUAGGCUGGCCUUCCACUGGCGCCAUCGGCAGUUGAUCACCGGCUCUUACAUAAAGCAUGCCCUGGCGAAGGGGAAGGCGGUGGCGGCCAACAACCGGCAGCGGAAGCUCUUCACCAACAACCCGAGCUCGAACUGGGAUUCAAGCAAGUGGAGCCACGUGGCAUUCGAGCACCCGGCGACUUUCGACACCUUGGCAAUGGAGCCAAGCAAGAAGACGGAGAUCAUGAACGACCUCCUCAAGUUCAAGCAAGGGAAGGAGUACUAUGCGCGGAUCGGCAAGGCGUGGAAGCGGGGCUACCUUCUCUAUGGCCCACCAGGGACCGGCAAGUCAACGUUGAUUGCCGCGAUGGCCAACUUCCUCAGCUACGAUGUGUAUGACCUUGAGCUGACGACGGUCAAGGACAACACGGAGCUGAGGAAGCUGCUGAUUGAGACGACCGCGAAGUCAAUCAUAGUGAUCGAGGACAUCGACUGCUCGCUUGACCUGACCGGUCAGAGGAAGAUGAAGAAGCAAGAGAGAGACAGCGACGAAGGGAAAGCGGAUCCUGUCAAGAGAAUGACCAAAGGCGGGGAAGAGAGCAAGGAGAGCAAGGUCACGCUGUCAGGGCUCCUGAACUUCAUCGACGGGCUAUGGUCCUCGUGCAGAGGCGAGAGAAUCAUCGUGUUGACAGCAAACUUCAUCGAGAAGCUCGACCCAGCCCUAAUCAGGACAGGGAGGAUGGACAAGCAUAUCGAGAUGUCAUAUUGCUGCUUCGAGUCAUUCAAGGUGCUCACGAGGAAUUACUUGGGCAUCGAGUCACACCCGCUGUUCACAACAGUGAGGCAGCUGCUGGAGGAGACAAAGAUGACUCCGGCAGACGUGGCGGAGAACUUGAUUCCCAAGUCGGACGAUGAGGAUGAGGAGGCUUGUCUGGAGGGAUUGAUCGAAACACUCAAAAAGGUGAAAGAGUGCGCCAGGAAGAAAUUAGAAGAAGAAGAAAAAGCAGCAGCAGCAGCAGAAGCAACUGCAGCUAGAGCAAUGACUGAGAAAGCAGCAGCAGCAGCAGCAUGGUCGUUAAUUGUAUUAACUUUUGACAAAUUGCGAAAUUGGGGUUAA